GUGGUACCAAUCCAAUACUCAUCUGUGUGGGCCUGGGGUGUUACCGAUACCAGACUCACCUGGUGGGAACACUUAGUCACCAUGACAACCCCAAUGUUGAUUUUAACAAGGGUGUUGCGUCACUAACUGGUCAGCAGAGAGAAAAAGAAACCCAGCAUUGAUUCCAAAGCUUGACCACACCUCCAGAGUUUGGCUAAAUCAUCAUGUCCAGACUUACAGUAGUCCAGCCAUUUUGUUCAGCCCUGCCAUUCAUUAGUCAAAUCAGACUGAGGCAAAGUUGAACAGAGAGAUGGACAAGCUUUGAACAGAGAGACGGACAAGCUUUGAACAGAGACACGGACAAGCUUUGAACAGAGACACGGACAAGCUUUGAACAGAGACACGGACAAGCUUUGAACAGAGACACGGACAAGCUUUGAACAGAGAGACGGACAAGCUUUGAACAGAGAGACAGACAAGCUAAAAUGAAUUGAGCAUCAAUCAGCCUAGUGAUCUGAAACAACUCUUCAAGUCCAAAGGCAGAAGCUCAUCCACACAGCCGGGUGAAAGUUCAACGGUGAAAGCAGGGGAUCCACACAGCCGGGUGAAAGUUCAACGGUGAAAGCAGGGGAUCCACACAGCUGGGUGAAAGUUCAACGGUGAAAGCAGGGGAUCCACACAGCCGGGUGAAAGUUCAACGGUGAAAGCAGGGGAUCCCACUUCGAUCUCACCAUGGACUGGAAGACGUUCGAGGCGCUGCUUAGCGGGGUCAAUAAAUAUUCUACCGCGUUUGGACGUAUCUGGCUCGCGGUAGUCUUCGUGUUUCGCGUCAUGGUCUUCGUCGUGGCCGCAGAACGCGUCUUUAGUGAGGACCAGAAAGACUUUGACUGCAACACUCGGCAACCCGGCUGCGCCAACGCCUGUUACGACCACUUCUUCCCUGUCUCCCACACCAGGAUCUGGGCACUCCAGCUCAUCUUCGUCACCUGUCCCACCUUCAUGGUCGUGAUGCACGUGGCGUACCGUGAGGAACGCGAACGCAAGUACCGCAUCGCACACGGUGAAAACGCCCGUGUCUACGACAACACAGGACAGAAGCACGGAGGACUCUGGUGGACGUAUCUCCUCAGCCUCUUCUUUAAGACGGCCAUCGAGGUGGCGUUCCUCUACCUCCUUCAUCUCAUCUACAACAACUUUGACCUGCCGAGACGCGUCAUAUGCGACCUCUGGCCUUGUCCUAACCAGGUGGAUUGCUACAUUGGCCGGCCCACAGAGAAGAGGGUGUUUACCUACUUCAUGGUAGGGGCGUCAGCUGUGUGUAUAGUGCUCAACGUGUGUGAGAUCUUUUACCUGAUAGCUAUCCGGGUGCUGAGGAUCAGUCAUCGGGGAAGCCUCCAUACCUCCCCCAACAUUAGGUGCUCUGAGCUGGACUGUGAUGGGUGUCAGACGCUGGCGGCGACAGCAGAGUACCAGGAGUGCAACGAGGCCAACUUAGCCAUGGAGAAGAAAAGUCAAUCUAUAUUUUGAGUCAGACAUGAAACUUUUUACAAUUGAACUUUUAUUGGAUGACAAAUCUUUAUUGACUAAAUGUUGUUAACCAAAACCUGAGUUUUAUCAAUACAUUCAUUUUAGUCAAAUGUCAUUUUUAUGGCCAACCACCUCCUCACCCUCCCUUACGGACACACCUCUGUGAGGGUGAAAGACUGACGAAGGUUAAGAGUUCUUGAAAGUGAUUUGACAGGUCAGACGUUGCUCAGACGUUGCUGACGAAUACCAGAGUUUACAACACAAAUGUCGGUAUUUUACAUAUCAGCUAACCGCAUUUUAUGAUAAUCUGGUGCCCGACUGCACAGUCGAUGUUGUCGCAUCCAAUCAUUGGUUGAUGCAUGUAACGUCUCAGCAAGGAAACGCAACCCCCAUGCUAAUCUGAUCUGGCCCCCUGCUCAUCUGAUCUGGCCCUCUGCUCAUCUGAUCUGGCCCCCUGCUCAUCUGAUCUGGCCCCCUGCUCAUCUGAUCUGGUCCCCUGCUCAUCUGAUCUGGUCCCCUGCUCAUCUGAUCUGGCCCCCUGCUCAUCUGAUCUGGCCCCCUGCUCAUCUGAUCUGGCCCCCUGCUCAUCUGAUCUGGUCCCCUGCUCAUCUGAUCUGGUCCCCUGCUCAUCUGAUCUGGUCCCCUGCUCAUCUGAUCUGGCCCCCUGCUCAUCUGAUCUGG